AUUUUACGAUUAAACGUUGUUACUGACGCUACUUUACUUCUCUACACAGCAGGUCGAGCGGACGGGAUAUUAUUGCAGCAGGCAGGAGAGCUUCUCCCUGCUACGACUAUAGGAACUCCGUAACUCAGGCAACUCACGAGUCGUGUUUGCCAAUUCUGGCUGCCGAUGCGAUGCCGUGCCCACCCACCUCACCUCUUUAGUCUGUUUAGUGCCGCGCCUCGAAAAUAUCGCUAGUCGUAUAAGAGUGAAAAUGUUUUGUGUCGUGAUGCGCUCUAUUUUAUAUUCCAUUCUGGAUAUUUGUACACAUUUUUAAAAGGAGCAAAUUGGAUUGUCUAUCGCACCUAAUGGAAAUGGAAUUUGGUGGAGUAUCUGAUGCCCGGAUGAGUUAGAAGGUUAACCGGCUGCAAUUGGAUUAGGAAUAUGCAGUCACAGUGGAUAAAAUUCAGGAUUUACUGCUACUGGACAUAAGAUGAUUUUAAGAACGCAUGCAGAGCUGUAAGAACUACUUAAUAAGAAAAAGGGGCCAGAAUAAUCGUUACUCUCUAAAUAACUACAACCAAAGGAAACUGUCCAAUUACUGAAGCCAUUUUCAUUACAUGUGCUUCAAAAGGUUUAACUAACCAUGUUGUGCUUCUGCAAUGGGCGAUGAAAAAGCGCAUCCGAUGUGGAUAACUCUACUUCAAAUAGCAUGUCUUCUGUAUUUUAUUAGUUCAGUUGAUUGUACAAUAUGUCCAAGUGGUUGUACUUGCGAAAAUGAGAUUCUUAAAACCAAUUGUUCGGGAGCGGGACUAUCAGUGGUACCAAUACAACUUAAUCCAGAAUUACAUGUGAUGGAUAUAUCACGUAAUAAAAUCACCCAGUUGCACUAUACAUUUACGUUCUACGAAAAGCUUCAAUAUUUAAAUGUUUCAAAUAAUAGGGUCAAAGUAAUUGGAAGCGGUAAUUUCAAGACCCAAAGAGAAUUAAUGAUACUUGAUUUAAGUAACAAUCUAAUUGAUAUUUUAUAUAAAUCAUGUUUUGAAGGUUUAUUGCAACUGAAGGAGUUAAAUCUUAGCAAUAAUAGACUGGAAAAGAUUGAACAGAGUGCUUUUAAAGAUUUAAGCAAUUUAACAAUCCUUAGAAUGGAUGGAAAUCAAUUAGAUUAUCUGGAAGAAAAAACUUUUAAAGAAACGCCAAACCUUAAAGCACUAUUUUUAAAUGACAACUCUUUUAUAGAAAUACCUCUAGAACUUACUUUUUUAACCCAUCUUAGAAUACUAUCAAUGUCAAGGAACCUAAUUGAGAUCAUUGAAGGUGAAAGAAUGCCCAAUCUCCAAGAGCUGCAUUCGUUAAUCUUAGAUCAAAACCUUAUUCAGAAUAUUACAUUUAAAGGUUUUGAUAAUAUGCUAAAUAUAUCUCACUUGGAUCUAAGCGACAAUAAUUUAACAACAUUACCUACACUUCAAUUAUCCAAAUUACAUAAACUUGUGUAUCUUAGGCUUAAUGGAAAUAAAUUUACUAAAUUUACUCCAGUUGCAUUUAGAGGACUUUUCCACCUAAAAUUUUUGAUGCUAAAUCGACUUGAAACUUUAGAGACCAUAGAUUCGAGAGCAUUUGUAGAUAAUAUAAAUUUAGAAAAAGUUAGCAUGGAUUAUAAUUAUAAAGUAAAAUCAUUGCCUUCCAGACUAUUUCACGGUAAUCGAAAAUUAAGAUACCUAUCCAUUAGAUAUAAUGCGAUAAGAUUUUUAGUAGCCUCACAUUUUCCUCUCGACCAACUAGAACACUUAAGAGUGGGUGGAAACCCUCUUGAGUGUAACUGUUCAAUGGGAUGGCUCUGGAUGAUUCUUCGAGAAUCAAAACCUCAAAAUCAUGAAAACAGUAGCGAUUAUUCCGAUCCGUUCAACGACUCUAAGAUUCUUGUAAGGCUUGAAAAUGAAUUAAAGCUAGAUAUCAAUGAUAUUAUUUGUGAAAGUCCUGAAGAGAUGCAUAAUAGGAAACUAAUAAGUGCUACUGAAAGCCAAAUGGAUUGCUCAAUGAGUUGGGCAGUUAUUAUAUCCAUAACAUUGACUACUAUCAUUAUUGUUGGUGCAAUUUUUGGGCUAUUUUUCUUUUUACCUAGAAAAAGCUCCAAUAGGAGAAACACUAACUGGGAACCUUCUAGAAUUAUAAAAAGCAACUAUAAUACUCCCCCACCACUUCCACAGCCUCAAAGAAUAUUACCAAAUAUUCAUGACCAUCAGCACGAAAAAUAUAUUAGUAUGCCUCAAACUGUACAUGAAAAUCAACAUUCGUCCUUUUGGGACCCAUAUGAACAGGGUUCGCAUAGUAUAAAUUGUAAUAUAUAUGAACAACUUAAUGAUCAUCGUAGUCGACCUCAUAUUGUUUAUGUGUAAAUAUUUUUAUAUUAUACUGUAAUAUAUUAAAAAUAGGUUAAAUUGCAUUUAUUUUUCAUAUAAAAAAUGAUACUAAGGGUUGUAAACUAAUUAUUAGUUAAAAUAUUUAUACUGGAAAAUAAAAAAAUCUUAUAUAUUAUUUAUAUUAUUAAUGAAUUAAAGGAAAUGCAAUAAAAAUGUUUAUGUCUU